AUGGCGCUGUCCUGUCCCCAGCGCAUUGAGCUCGCGCUCUUCGCUGCCGCCUUCCUGUGCGGGGCCGUGGCGGCCGCAGCGCUAACCAGAACUCAGGCCUCCUUCAGUGGCAGCUGCCCCCUGUAUGGCGUUGCUGCCAGGAAUGGCUCCUCGCUGACUUUAUCCCAUCCUUCGGCCCCAUCCCUCUGUUACUUUGUGGCUGGGGUGUCUGGCCUCCUGGCCCUCUACUGCCUCCUGCUUCUGCUCUUCUGGGUCUACAGUAGCUGCAUCGAGGACUGCCACAGAGGCCCCAUCGGGCUCCGCAUCGCACUGGCCAUCUCAGCUACAGCCACCUUCCUGGUCUUGGUGGCCGCUUGUAUUCUGCGGUUUGGCACCAGCUCUCUCUGCAACUCAAUAGUCUCCUUGAAGAUUGUAGCCAGCUGCCCCGAAGCCCAGACAACUUCAUGGACACCCCCUGCAACUGCUGUGCAUUUUUACUCCAACCUCUACAAUGCUGAAGCCUCUUCCUGGGUGAGCCUGGUGGUGUGGUGUGUGAUCCUAGUCCUUCAGGUUGUGCAGUGGAAGCUGGAAGCUGCCCCGUUCCGGCCUCUGGAGAAAGGGGACCCUGAGUGGAGCUCUGAGACAGAUGCUCUCUUUGGGCCUCAUCCUUCCCAUUUCUGA